UCGAACUAUGUGACUCGCCUGCUUCUGAUGGCUCGUGGUUCGCUGAUUGAAAAUGUGAAGUGGCACAACUGUUUCUCACUCAACUGUCACUGAGCCGAGGUUUACAACAAGUGUUCGGGAUUAUGUCGCCGUGGGAUUAGCGCGUUAAUUUUUAAUGAUCCAGAAACGAGGAAGAAGCGAUGAUGUAUUGCUGGCCACCUUCGUGAACGAACCACAGAUUUCGUAAAUAUUUUGAAAAAGAAAAUCGCAGAACUACAAAAUGGCGAUUGUGAUAGGUCGUAUGUACGUGCGGGGAGCGGUGGUGAUGGUGGUGGCGGGCGGUGCGUCAGCCCGCGUCGCCGGCAAGGUUGGCGGCUACUCCAACAAGAUGGGAGGUAAAUCUACGAGCGGUAUCAACGAGGAGAUCAUUUGGAUCAGCAUAAGCAUGGCGAUAGCGAUCGCCGUGUUGAUAGCGAUCGCACUCUGCUACAUACUGAAGGAGAAGUGCAGCAAGCGACAGGCUUUUAAAGAACAGUCAUGACGAUAUAAGCAGGAGUUCGCGAGACACGCUCUCGCGGAUUCCCUCGCCGACCUCGAGUUUCCCUCCUACACCAUGUAUCCGCAGUACUCACCCGACGGCAAGGAAUACUUCUACAAUUUCCACCGCUUCGCCUACCUGCGAGACAGCUACAAACUACCCCCAAAAGACUACCCUAAAGAAAAAGAAGAGGUGUACAUCACCGCGUGAUCUCCUCACUGCCACAAUGAGGACGAGCCUCCACACUCGUCGCUCCACAGAUACUAUAAGUACGAAGGAAUAAUAAUACGUAAACAGUGGCAGUCUCAUUGUACCGACUGUAUUAAAAAUGAUCUUCAAAGGCAAACAUAAUAUGUGUGUAGUAUAGCAUGAAUAAAUGUUUAGAAAAACAGUGAAUGGUAGCGCAUGUGUAUAUACGUGAUCGUGAUUUAAAAUUAAAUAAUAAAAUGAAAAUACUUUAUUUCUUUAUAAUAUAUUAUGUACUUAUUAUAUAAAACUAAUGAAUUUUAAUAUGAGAAUGCAAUUUGGAAAGUGUUAUAUCUAGUGGGAAUGGCAAUCUCUAACACAACUGUGAUAGAAAGUUUUCGCUCAAGAGACUAAAAACUUUCUGCUUGUUUUAUUUUACAAGUUAAUAUCUUAGAAUUGAAAACCAUGUUUGUAGAACAAAGCGAGGCGUUAGGGAGAGAAUGUCUAAAGGGAGGGAGUGUGACAGUUGAGUCGUAGCCAAUUGUGGCUACGUCGUAGCCGUCGUAGACAUUCGUAACGGCGACAAGGCCAGGCUUUUGUUUGUACACGUGACUUCAUAUAGGUAUUCACUCAAUUCAUAUAUUUUUACAUAGAAAAUUAUAACCAGUAUUAUUUGCUUAAUUAUUAUUCAUUAAUUAAUGUAAUAUUUAAA